CAACUUCACGCUUCAUCAAACAUAUACAAUCGAGAGCUCUAGGGUUUAAGCGGCUGCUCUUCGGACAGAACGAGAGGGAGGAGUCGAUACCUCUGCGAUUAGGGUUUCCUCAAAAAGAAGUGAAAAUGGUGGCGGACAAGAGCAAGAAGGCGAAAAUUGAAGAGGAAAACGUCGAGCAGAUCGAUGAAGAGCUUGUCCUCUCGAUCGAGAAGCUUCAGGAGAUCCAAGACGACCUCGAGAAGAUAAACGAAAAGGCUAGCGAUGAAGUCUUGGAAGUGGAACAGAAGUACAACGUGAUAAGGAAGCCUGUUUAUGACAAGCGUAACGAGAUCAUCAAAGCCAUCCCUGAUUUUUGGCUCACUGCUUUCUUGAGCCACCCUGCUUUAGGUGAGCUUUUGACAGAAGAAGACCAAAAGGUUUUCAAAUAUCUUAGCUCUCUGGAUGUUGAGGAUGCUAAAGAUGUGAAGUCUGGAUACUCCAUCACCUUUCACUUCAAUCCCAACCCCUACUUUGAGGAUGAGAAACUCAUCAAGACUUUUACCUUCCUCGAAGAAGGGAGCACCAAAAUCACAGCCACACCUAUCAGGUGGAAAGAGGGCAAGGGCUUGCCAAAUGGAGUGAGUCAGGAGAAGAACGGAAACAAACGUGCAUUACCUGAAGAGAGUUUCUUUACCUGGUUUAGCGAUGCUCAACACAAGGAGGACCUUGAUGUAGAGAUUAACGACGAGCAGGUUGCGGAUGUCAUCAAGGAAGAUCUAUGGCCCAACCCUCUCACCUACUUCAACAAUGAGGCUGAUGAAGAGGAUUUUGAUGAUGGUGAUGAUGAGGAUGAUGAUGAUGAUGAGGGGAAAGAAGGUGACUCUGAUGAAGAUGAUGACGAAGAAGACAAAGAUGGUGAGGAAUGAUGAGAGAGGUUCCUUCCCCAUAAACCACAUUUGCUUACAUGUAAUGUGUCAAGUUUGUGUGUUUGAAUAGUUUUUUUAAAUUUACGCAAAAUGUCUCAUGACAACAAAAGACGAGGACAAGACAAGCUAGUAGUAUCUUUUGUUUGUAUGAAAACUCUUUCCAGCCUUUUGUUGCAGUGUCUUAGAUGGUUUUUGAUUAUUA